AUGUUCAAUCCAAAGGGCGAUAGCUCCAAUGCUACGACGUUGGACCGACGGUACAGCGACCUGGUGCAGCAUCGCUCUACAGCCGUGUUCACGGGAAAACUCAACUGGUUCACAUACGCGGAAAAUGAGAUGGUGACUCUCGUCAUCCCUCGUGGCGUGUCCAAUGGUGCCCCCGUUGGCUUGUAUUACAAGUGGACUGUGAAUUCAAAGGGAGUUCGAAAGGCUAAUCAUGCCGUGAAUUCCACCUUCCACGAUGUCACGACCCGUGCGAAUGGUGAAACUGUGGGGACAUUUGGUACCAGUGAUGGUCACUACACGUAUAAGGUCACUGUGCGGAGCGACGGAGAUGCUGCCGAACUACAUAUGUCCAACCAGACCCACGACGAAGCCACAGCCGAAUUGAAGAAAUCCUAUGGUUUCUGA